UAAACUGAUGAUCUAUAAUCCGGAAUCGCCGAAGUCCCGACAAGCCCGGAUUAACGACUUUUGACUGUAGUACCAAAACUGAUUCAAGACCAAACUCUAUGCUCAGACUGAUUUGAAUGUCACAGUUGUAAACAAAGAAAACUUUCUGAAUUUGCAGAUGGAUGGACACCACAGAAAUUUUGAAAAAUAUUCAACACUUUCAUGAAAUUAUCUUACCUAAAGCAUGCUGUUCUUCCAACUGGAAUGAAGAAAAUAUUACUAAUGCAUUUUUAUGGGCUCAGUACUGUGAGCAGAUGUAUCAGAACUUGUCUAAUGAUCCUGAUAGGAAAAAAGUAGAUGAGUUAAUACACACUAUCAGUGAAAAUUUUACAAAUAAGAAUUCUUCCCUAUGUCUUGAAGAUUUAAAAAGGUCUACUGUUGCACUAAUUCAGGCAUUCUAUGGAAAUCCUAGUAUUGAAAAUGAUAUUGUUGAAGUAGUGUUGUUAAAAAUUAAAUCUGAAGAAACUAAUUUUAAACAGGAUUUGAAUGAUGUUGCAGAAUUGGAUUUAUUAUGUUUUGAAGUAAUUGAAGCAUUGAAACCUAUCACUGUUAUUAAUUCUGACAGAUCUUUAUACUAUGAAGUAAAAGCUGAAAUAUUUUUAGAUUAUUUGAAAGCUGUACUUGAAGAAUUGACUACAGAAGAGCAAAUUGAAACAAGUUUAUCAAAGGCAUUUGAGUCACUUUGUGAAAAUGAAGAUAAAAUGGCAAUUCUCUUGCACAUACUUAUGCACAGAGAGGAAGAAACUACAAAGGAAGUUCAAGAAAUUCAAGAGUUUGCAGUAAGCUGGAUGUUGCUGAAACUUCUUUCAAAUAAAAAUGAUUCUUUAAAUCAUUUCAUAUGGAAACAGUCUGCAACUAAAUUACGUACUAUAGCCGUUAACAAUUCUGCAUUUUAUAACUUUUAUUCAGAUUUUUUAGUUAAUUGUAUCAAUAUGUUAGAGUGCAGUUCUGAUCUUGCUGGCAGUGAGUGGAAAUCAAGGCAGAUAUCAAAUGAUGCAAGACUUUCACGGGAUGCAGUUUUAAAUCACUACAAGUGUUUGCUGAGUGCUAAUGAUGAUGUUUGUCAUGCUACAAGAGAAAAUUUGUUAAGACUAGUUGCUCAAGGAGAUACACCUAUCUGGAAUGAAAUUCUGUCCUUUGCUUUAUAGGUUUCUGAUUGUUGUUUCGGUCUAUUAUACAAAGACACCAUAUUUAUUUGAAGUCAUAUAUUUAUUUUAUUGCAUAUAAUUGUGUGGACUUUUAUAAUAUUCUGAAUUUUUCUCUAGGAAUGAACUAAUAAGGUUUUUUAUUUCAAGUUAAUAAUUUUUCUCUUCUGUAGAUGUUAUUAUAAAUGCAAGUGGACAAUUACUGUAUAUUCUGGUCAGAUAAUUUAUCAACUGUGUAAUCUGUUUGCAAUGUGUAAACACAAAAAUCGAUUAUUGCAUGUUUAUUUCAGAUUCAGAGAAAGUCUUUAAACUCUAAUUUGUUAUUGCUAUUAUCUUGUUUUAAAUCUAUUGAUAAACCUGACUUUUGCAGUGCAUUCAUUAUACAUAGAUAUUCCUCUAGAAGAUUGCAUAUACAUAGGAAAUAAACUUCUGCAAACUGAAUCAUACCACUAUUUACUUUUUGAGUAGGAUGCACGUUUACAAGUAUAUUUUGUGUAUAUGCUAUGUGAAAUUAUAUACAUGUGUAGGAAACAAAAUUAUCUAUUUAGGAAUCCUUAUUCAUUUUCUCAAAUUUUUAUGAUAUUAAUUAAUGUGGAUUAUUUUUAAAUAAUAGGAAACAAUAUUAAGUAAAAUGAGAUAAAGUAUGAAAUAAGUUUAAUUUGAAAAUGUCAUUUAAGUACAUACUGAAAUGAUAUUCAUUAUAGGAUUUAUUUAAAUCUAUGUCAGAAUUAAAUUAUUCACCAAAGAAAUCAGAACGUUUUGAUCAAUACUAGUAUAUUUUAAAGAGCAUUUACUACUUCAUUCACUAAUCAUUUCAUACAUAUAAAUAAAACAAAAUGCGUUAUACAUAUGAAAAAAUAUUAAUUACUCAGUUUACAAAAUGCAUCUAAAUCUUUUUUAAAGCUUGGAUUGUUUUUCUGUGCUGUUAGAAAUUUGAAUAUUGAUGUAAAAUAUUCUUUAUUUAUUUAUUUGAUUUUUUCCCAUGUUUUAAAAAUCUAUGUCAUUCUUGCAUAAUAAUGUUAAAUUUUCAAAGAUAAUAUGUCAUAUUAGUAUCAUAAUGCUAAAAUUCAGAACAUUUUACCAACCAUAAUUACAUUUUCAUUUCAAAAUCAUACUCAAAUGAUUUUUUUUCUGUGCUUUUUCUAUUGGAAAUGGUAUAUAAAGUUUACAAUUUUGCCAAUUUUUUCCAAUUAAGUUUGCAUCUAAAGAAACUUUAUUUAAUAAAUGAUUGAUAAGGAUUUUCUAACUGCAAAUUGCUUUGCAGAGGGCAGUAUAAAAAUUUUAAUUUCAAAUACCUUUAGUAAAAGGUUACAUGUGUCCAAGAUUGCAACAGUUUGAAAACAUAUCUGAUUUGAUACUUUUCUUAAAUUGGCCUGACAACCUUUAAUUUAAACGGUAUUGUGAUGUGCCUUUUAUUUUGUUUUAUUUUGUUUUUAUAAUUGUUGUGUUUUUAAAUAUCCUGUAUAUACACAAUACAUGUAUAUGACAAUGUCAAAUGUGAUCAUAAUGCAUGUGGUGAAUAAAAUAAAAUGAAGGAAAAUUAAUUAUUAAAAUUA